CCACUUCUCUUUUCUCUUUCCUCUACUAACUGGAUUUCAACCACUCCGAAUUAUUCAUGAUCAGAUCUUUUACGAUGAUUGUCUCUUUGGCAUGGUGCUUAUGUUAUGGGAAGAGGGGUCAUACUUUGGUGCUGUUUGUAGAAGUGAUAACAGUGAUAGCAUCCAAUCAUUACUGGUCCCCACACACCUGGAAAGUCCUGCCAGACAUCAAGUAGAACCCUCCAUGACCCUUGACCACCAGAUCCUCAAUCAGACUAUUAAACGGUCCCACUCUUCAACGCAAAGCAGUGUGCUUGUGGUACAGCAUGGACACCCAUCCCCGGAGAGUGACUCUGGCAUCACUGGAAAUCCACUCACCAUGUUGCUAACUCUUGGGAAAGAAGAUGACAAUGUGGAAUGCCAUUUAUCUGGAAAUAUUUUGGAUGUGUAUAGUGGUGAGCAGGGAAUUUCAUCAGUUAAUAUGGGCCUUACAAAUGCUUCCUGUUCCAGGAGUUUAUCAAUGAAAAAAGAAAUUACAGAAACUGAUACUCGAGCUUUGGCAAAAGAGAGACAAAAAAAGGACAACCACAACCUCAUUGAAAGAAGAAGACGGUAUAAUAUUAAUUACAGAAUCAAGGAACUUGGCACUCUUAUUCCAAAGACUAAUGACCCUGAUAUGCGCUGGAACAAAGGAACCAUUCUAAAAGCAUCAGUGGAGUACAUCAAGUGGCUACAAAAAGAACAACAGAGAGCGCGGGAAUUAGAGCACAGACAGAAGAAAUUGGAGCAGGCUAACCGGCGGCUUCUACUCAGGAUUCAGGAACUAGAAAUACAGGCUCGUGCUCACGGUCUUCCAUCCCUGGCUUCCCUCGGCACAGCUGAUAUGGGUGCUCAUGUCAACAAACAGACGCAUCUUGAGCAGAAUUCAGUAGACUAUCGCCAACAGUCGACUCAGUUGCAGGGAAUAAGCCCUGAGCUCUGUGACCAAGCUCUGUCCUUCUCCGAUCCUUUGUCACACUUCUCAGAUUUGUCAUUCAGUGCUGCUUCAAACGAGGAACAACGAUUGGAUGACAUGCUCCUGGACACAUUAUCUCCUUUUGGGACAGACCCUCUACUGUCUGCCACUUCCCCUGAAGUUCCCAAAGAGAGCAGUAGGAGGAGCAGUGUCAGCUCAGAUGAUGGUGAUGAGUUAUAAAAAAAUAAACACAAUCAGUUAAUCAACCAGGAAACAGUUCCAUGCUGAUGAUACGCAAUUAUGUCCGUUGCUUCAUAUCUUGCUUUGGCUCCAUUUUCCUGAAAGGACUACAUUGUUCAUGACAAACGGAUGGAGUAAAUAACAGCAUGAUGAACUUACAGGGAGAAAUAUGGUGCUGAAGAAUUAUUGAGGGCUAAACAAGAUUUUUUUUCCUUGGACAGAGUCCAAAUGAACUUAACUUUUAUUUUCUGGAAAUAGCUCUCUACUCGAUGUACUAACAGACUGCAAAGAGUAAACCUCAGAAAUACACAAACAUUUUCUUAGUUACUCACUAAUAUCUCCUUCCUUUUUAACUCUUAAAACAGUUUUCAACAAUCGUGAUCAAUAGAUAUGGUAGUUUAUUGCCUUUCUCCACUCUCUGGUUAAAAGACAGAUUAUCUAUCAGUCAUAAUUGAAAAGUGAAUCUACAAUAAACAUUAGAACUUUCUACAAUAAAAUACAAAUACUUAUUUAAAAAUGGUUUCUAAAAGUAUGCUACUUCCUUUAGUCUGUUUAUCUGCACAAAUUCUAAAAGUAUCUCUGAGUAUUUAUGGAGACACUCCCUGUUCAGAAAAAGGAACACAUUGAAUACCUUCCUUAAGAAUAUAGGUUGGAAUUUUUGUCCCUUCACACAGACAUACCCCAACAUACAUGUACACAAUGCAGGUAGUAUGUGCUUUUCCCUUCACUUUUCUGCUUUUCUAUUUUGCACACAAAAAAUCACAUUCCAAUUUUUUUUUCAUCAAGAAGAGAUGUUGGAUAAUCUAUUCAGCAAAUGAACUUUAAAAGAAGUCCUGCUACUGUGACAAUUUGUCAGGAAUGGGAACUGACUUACCAAAUACAUUGUUCUGUGCUGCAUCUCUGUGAGUGCUCAUCUGAUCAAUGAGUAUUUAUUGAGCAAUACUCAAAAGUCCCGUGAAAAUGUACAACACAUAAGAAGAUGAUAUGGUCUUACCCCUCAUGGAGUUGAAGACAACAUGAGAAACAACAAAAAAAGAUAAACAAAAUAUAGAAUUAAAGCCCACAUGGAGCAGCAUAGGGUAAAGAUUACAAAGGGUCAGAAAAAUGAAAACGAAUGAAGUUUGGAGAAUCACAAAAGUCUAUGGGAAGAACAGAAUUCAACUUCUUUUAAAAGUAUAAAUUGAGUGAAAGGAAGGGAAGGUAAAGCAAUGAUAUUAACCAAAUGAUAAAAAUGAAAGUAAGUGGAAGUAUCCUAAUAGGAUAUUAUUAGAAAUGGAACAUUUAUC